CUACUGUAAACAGCGCUGUGCGCGUCGCUGCACUGGAGUCUAGGGGAGAGAGAGAGACAGGCACAGGGGUAAUAGGCUCCGAACAAAGAGGGCUGAAUAAAGUUGGAAGUAAAGGACGAUUGUGACAGAGGCUGUAGGAUAUUAAGAGGGUAACAUCAGCAAGUGGUGGUGUCCUCCCAUCUCUCCCCUAGUUCUCUCAUGCUGGCAGACACUGUCACCCAUUUCAAAUGUGCCUCUUCUAACAGUCCUGUUUGCAUCAACUAAACCAAAUUCUCAUUACCAAAGAGUUGUUACCACAAAAACACAUUUCAUAAACCCACACACCAGCAUUUCAGCAUUCCAAAACAACGAAUUCCAAAAACCUUUCAAUAGACCCAUAGGUAGUUUUAUAAACGCAUCAUGGCCUCUGUCACCAAAUCCUCUCACCCCGAGAUCCCUGAUAAUCACAAGGAGAGCUGGCUGGCGCUGCUUGCUGCCGCUGAGACUUACAGCCAGACGACCGGUUGUGAUUUGGCUAUUUUGACCGCGUAUAAAAAGUUCCGUCCCUCCGGGAUCGAAGUGGAAGGAACGAGGAAUAACGACGGGGGAGGAACUUCCGGAAGCAGAAAGUUUGAUUAUGCCUAUCACGUUUGGGGACAAGGGGCACUGGCUGAGUCGUCACGGCGAUACAUGGAUGACAUCGCCGUUCUGCACUCCACCACUCUACUGACGGCACAGAGACACAAACGUCUGAAUACAGUGGAGGGAGGAGCCAAACUGGGCUUGGAUGUGCCGUCUGACAGGCUGAGCUUGACUGGAGAUGGAGUCGGGACAAUUAGUCCCAACAUGAGGCUCUAUUCUCAGAGCUAUCCGUCCAUCUACAGCUCAGCUGCUGCCAUUGGCCAGCCAGGUGGUCAGCAUGGAGAGCGUGAAAGGGAGAAAGCGGCGAUGGAGGAGCGCGAGAAGGCUGUGGACUUAGAGGAAGAGGAUGAUGAUGAUGAAGAGGAGGAGGAGGAGGAGGAAGAAGAAGAUUUGGAUGGAAGGAGACGUAACCUGAAUGAAUCGGCAGGUGUCUUCUCAAUGGAUGAGGAUUCUCUGUCCCGGGACUGUGAGCCCUUCUUUGAGUCUGAUGGGGAGGAGGAGAGCACUGAUGGCUCUCUGAGUGAAGAAGCCCCUCCCCCUCCCCGUGGCUUGGCAAUGGGUCACCUGGCAUCUCGCUCGUCUAACCCCAUGGCAAUGGCUCGUUCACUGCCUGUGUCUGUACCUGUGUGGGGCUACAGGAACAACCAUGCCCAUCAGGGUGACUCCCAUAGUGGAGAACGGCUGGGCUGUGCCGAUCUGGACCACAUAGCUGCCAGUAUGAAAGCCCUACUGGUUCCAGGGGCUACAGAUGGAACGGAGAUGUUUGGAGCACUGCCGCGACCUCGCCUUAACACAGGCGACUUCUCUCUUAAGCACUGAGAGAAGACCAAUGUGUGCGUAUGUAUGUUUGAGCCUGCUUGAGAACGAGCCGUGAGCUUGUUUGUGUGUGAAAGUGAUUUGAACAGAACUGGAGAGUUUAAAAGACACAAGGUUUGAUGGAUGUUUUUAGCAAAGAUGUUGCCAAAUCUGAAGCUUAUCCUGCAUAUCAUUAGUAUUUCUAUGGCGUUGAAAGUGGCAAAACCUUUACAUCUGCAGCAGAAGGAGGAGGGUUUAAUUAGCAUGUCUUAAUUUAAGAAUUUCUUCUGGCUUUGACUGGAUGGUUGUGGCAGACUUUUGUGCAUUUCAUUGAGAAACACUAACAGAACAAAUGUCAUAACUUCUUUACAUUACUAAUCGUGCCCUGUAACUGUCCUCUGCAGUGUGGGAUUUACUGAUAGUAUAUGAGCCUAUUUACAUACUGAGACACUCGCACAUCCAUCACCAGAGGAGCAUUGUACAUUAGCAAACACUACAUGUUCUUGGAAAUAUAGACUACUGUGAAUUCAGUAAAGUAUAUUCCAUGGCAGGAUUGCCAAAGCUGACUAGAUGUUAAUGUGAAUGCUUGCAAAUGAUGUCAUUCUCUGCCUGUGUAGACUCACUUUUAUUUCCGAUACUGUCCUGAAGACUUUCUAUAAAUCAAUGCUUUGUAAAGCAAAAGGACAAUGAGAGGACAAAGCUUUGAAAAAACACCAAUGUUUGGGAUUUUUCACCCAGAAAUGACUUGUUUCUGCAUUAUAACUGAUUAAUGUGCUGAUAAUGGAUAUGAAUGCAGGAAUAUGAAUUGUAUAAUUGUUGAUUAGUUUGAUAACUUCUCUAAAAAUGUUGCUAGACUGAAGGAUGUGUCAAAUGAGGGUUUACAACACUACAGAUGUCAACCAGCUGUGUUCAUCUUAAACAUUUCACAACUGUUCAAUGGUUAAGUAAAUCCGUUUUGAAUAAAAGUUAUUUGUUGUUGAAA